GCAGCAGUUUUGCUGGAGGCGAGUGUUUUGUAUUUCACCUCAUUCGGGGUGCGACUGUUGUGAGGGAGAGAUGAGGAAGCAAACGCGUGGCUGGAAGCACUGAACCCCCUCUUCAUUUGGGACCCAACAGAUUUGUGAACCGUGCGAAGGCUGGAAGCGAACGACAUCCUUUGUGAAUUUGAAAGUUCAAACGAAGCCAGUUCCCGUAACGCCUCUUCGCAGCGCUUUUCCGGAGAAAGGAUUCCUAAGGAACCAGAGGGGAUCGACUGUGGGUUUCCGGGCUUCGCGUUCCACUGUCUCCACGUCUCCGAGCUCCACGUGCAAACGUCCUCGUCCCGUUGCCUGCUGGGAUUCUAGCUGCAAACAUCGUUUUCGAGCGCUGUUGUGUUGGUUGUCAUUUUCAUCGUUGCUAAAGGGUUCCUAAAAGUCACCGGCAAGUGGUGGAAGCACAGAGCAGGCUGUGGGUGGGACUCGACGCGCUCCGGAAACCCAGCGUGUCGGUGGUAUCGUUGGUAUUUUUGCAUAUUAAUGUACUGGCUUUGUGGUGGUGUGCACACGCCUGAGUAGCUCCCUGCAGUAUGCGCGCAGAGAAGAGCGCGUGAGACUUUGCGUCAUUGGACUCUCUCGACCUCCUGGGUCUUGUACAGGUGCUCAGCGUUUUGUGUAUUCUCCGUGUUACUUGAACAAGAUGGAGCGCCCAGGACCAACGCUGGAGGUGCCGGGUGCAUACUGCGGACACGGACAACCUGGAUGCGCCCUAGUUCAUAAAAAAGGUUUCUCGUCAUCGACCAGUCGACUGCGUCGCCCUUUCCUGUCUGUGUCGGUAUCGUCCGCCCACCCACGUUUCAGUCAUCUCUGGGGUUCCGCUUUGCUUUUCGGGAUCCUGGUUGUAGCGACUGGAUGUAUCUUGGCAGCGGGGCAAUCAUCGGCGAGAACAGCUUUCGCCGAAGAGGGUUUCGUCAAAGAUAGCCACUGGGCACGAGUUCUCCAGCAGAAGUGGUCAGAUCCGUCCUACCUGCAGACUGUCGCCAGAACAAUUGAGACGAUGGAGAAAACCGAGUUUUGGAUUACACUUCUGGGCAAGCAGGUCCAGCUCCAAAGCAGCAAGGCGCAGCUUAAGACUCAGCGCUUGGAACGACACAGGUUAGAGCAGCGCAGAAAGAAGCACGCGAUAGCUGCGUACUAUGCCACCACGGGAGACAAACACCGUGCGGACGUCGAUCUUCGCUUCGGCGAUCUCAGCCUGUAUGCUCUAGACUGGAUAGCGCCUCGCACGUGCGCCGACCUCGGGUGGGCCGGGGGUAACGAUGUCUGCGCCUUGUCUCUCGAGACAGAUAUCCACGUCCUGCAUUCCAAGCUGAUGCUAAAGAGUGUCGAAGUUCAGGACUUUCAAAAUCGCCUUUUUUCCUCUGGCGGUCCUGACGUACCUCCACUGGAGGCAGUGACACAGCGAGCCACACCUCCAGCCGAUGGCAUCAACACCAAUGUAGCUGCAUCUCUGCGGGCCAAGGAAACGUUCGAUUGGAGCAGUGUUGCCAGAGACAUAUAUCUGCCCGCAUUGGCGGAACUCCAAGCUCCAGGAGCGACCCCCGAGCUGUUUGGGGUUGAACUGGGGCAGUUCAUGGCGGCUUUAGAGCGCGAGGAACGGAUCCGCAGCAACAGAGGGCCCUCCGACGGAUCUGCGGGUGGGAAAGGUGGUCAGUCGAUGCACUUUGGGUCAAGGGGACGUCAGGGAGUGUCGGGGACGGCGUCGACAACAGCAGAGGGUGUGUGAGCCGGUGUCACAGAUUCUAAAUUGUACAGUGGAGCUAAGAACAUCUGGGAGGACGCAAAAGAUGGCAAGGGCGAGGGAGGUAAGAAGCUUCAAUCGCCUUGAUCGGCGGGAGAAUCACGGAGUAGCGAAGAACUUGGAGGAGGGAACUCAAGAGAAGCCGAGAUAAAAAGACUGUCACAAAGGCAGCUUGGUGAACUUACAGACUCGUAAUACGAAACAGGGUGCCUUAAGUCGGUGCUGCGUAUCGAGUUGAUGUUCUGCGAGACGACAAGGGUGCGAUAUUCGUGGAAAGAGGCAGAUAGAGAGGGAUCAGAUUAGUCCGUUGCAUGGCGGCAUGGUAAAGUGUUACCGACCGUGUUCGAUGGCGGAGGUUUAGUCAGCUAUUCCCUGUGGCCAGUGACAAAGUGCAAAUGUUAGUUCAAUAUAUUGGAGUAUAUGGGAGUGUGAGAGCUACUGAAAUCAGACCGGCAUUCUGUGACUCAGCAAUGAGCGCUUGUCAGGUCAGCAUAGAGAACCAUGGCGGUCAUUGUGGCACCAUCUGCGGGAGGCGAGGCGGACAGAGGGUGAAUACUAUGCUGUGGUCAUAAGGGCUUUCGUCAAAGGCCGUCGGCGUUCAAACAAUCUGUCCGCGGGAGAAAAGACCCCAAGAGCUCGACGUGAGUUUUUAGUGGGCCCGUGAUUGUUGGCGCGAUCUAUGAACAACCAAGCACCGCGGUAUUAAGUUAUUUCGAAAUGUGUGGAUGUGACAGCUAGUGUACUAGAGGGGGCUUGGUCGGGCAAUAUGGGUGAAGUAUAUGGCUCGUAGACCCACGUAGAGGUGGCGUGUUGUCGUCGCACAACUCUAGCCCCAGCGAAAAUAGCAUAAGCAAAAACCAACUCCCUUAUAGGAACGGUUGAGAGGAGGAUCUGUAAUGACGAACCAACUUCAUCGACGUGCCUUACUCGUAAACCCGAUUAUGGGUCUCUUUAUGGGACUUCCGACGUCAAGAGAUUCCAUGAGGUUGUUCUAAGUAUGACAAUAGUUGUAUCCUGAAAGUCUGGUUUUUACAAAUUGGCGUAAGCAAGUGGACCGAGUGAUAAGUCUGUCGCACAAGUACGUGCUGCUGCUCCAGAACAGUUCGGGUUACUACACACCGGCGUUGUCCAUCAACUGACGUACACAAUUGCACUGCCCGGGUUUCGGGGUUGGUGUAGGUCACAGGAAACGCUAAGUCGCGUGGAAGUGGGCAAUGAAAAUCGAUUUUGGGAAGAGAGAAUGCGGAGCAUACGGCUGGUAACCCUUGGCUGUUCCGUGCAUAUGAAACGCUUUGGACAGUCAUUGCUGUCUGGUGAGUUUCUGGUGUCCAUGACCAAAUGCACGAGCCCAGUUCACAGUGAAACGACAUCGUUUUUCUCUCUGCCUGAAUGAUGUGUGAUGCACGAUCGUCUUCCAACACUGAGAGACAACACACACCCUACGUAUGAUCCUAUACACGGUAAUCGGA